UUCAUACCCAACAAAGGAUUGAUUUCCAGAAACAAACUGAAAAAAGUUCGUUUCCCUCUUGAUCCUGUUACUGUAAGAUUUUGUAAGCUGCAGGUAGGCAUAAAGCUUAAUGUCUCUGUCAAAUGGCAAUACCAGUGCUCCAGUCUUUCGUCAGAGCGUCCUCACUUCUCCGUUGUUCUAUCUCUUUCAGGCAAAUCCUUCGGAGACAAGAACCCAUAUUUACUCUCUUGAGGCAACCAUCUCCACUGCAUUCACACUCAAUUAGUUCCCAACAAGUAGUUUGGUGCUGGCAACGGAGGUGCAUCACUCAUGGGUCAGUAAACGUGGUAAUAUCACCAGAAGGAAAGCCUAAGUUUGAGACCCACGAAACUGAUCCCCCCAAAAAGGAGAAAUGGAAGACAAAGAAGAGACUGAAGCUUCAAAGGAUGAAAGAGAAGCAAAAGAGAAAGGCUGCCAAUAAGAGAGACCCAAGACGGCUUGGAGUCAAAGGCGACAAAAAACGAAAAUUUGCCACUGCUGAGGAAAGGAUUAAGUACAAGCUUGAACAAGCUAGAACCAAGGAAGCCUUGUUGAUUGAAAGGCUGAAAAGGUAUGAAGUUGCCAAAGCUCAGGGACCUAUGGUUAAACCCGAGGUAUUGACUGGCGAGGAGCGAUUUUAUAUGAAGAAAAUGGCCCAGAAAAGGUCCAACUAUGUUGAAGUGGGAAGAAGAGGAGUCUAUGGAGGAGUGAUCCUAAAUAUGCAUAUGCAUUGGAAGAGACACGAAACUGUUGAAGUCAUCUGCAAACCUUGCAAGCCAGGUGAAGUGCACGAGUAUGCAGAUGAAAUCGCUAGGCUAAGUGGUGGAAUCCCAAUCCAAAUCAUCAAAGAUAACACCAUAAUCUUCUAUCGUGGCAAAAACUAUGUGCAGCCGAAGGUCAUGUCACCAAUUGACACACUCUCAAAAAAACGGGCACUGGAGAAAUCAAAAUACGAACAAUCACUCGAGUCUGUGAGACAGUUCAUUGCUAUUACAGAGAAGGAGCUAGAACUGUACUACCGGCAUGUUGCACUCUAUGGUGGUCCAAAUGACAGAGAUCCCAAAUCAAUCUUGGAUCCUCCAAAGGUAAUAGGUUGUCCUAAUAAAACUACUUCAUUGACUGCACGAGAACUAUCGGAGGACGAAGAGUCUCCACAUUAUUUGAAUUGUGAAGGUGAUGCCAUGUUAAGUGAAGAUUUGACUUCUUGUGAUGAGGGUGCAGAUGAGAACUGAUUUUCAAUUCAAGAAAAGUGUUUUGAUCUAUGACUAUGAGUGUUUGAGGUCAUCACCAUCAGAUUAUCAGCUUAAACAUGAAAUGAAUUAGCAUGGUCAUAGAAAUAUUUAUGAUCAUUUUUUGAAUCAUGGAUUGCUUCUUUUGUUUAGUUUAAGUAGGUAAUUGAUGUUUGGGUAUAUAUAACCUC